AAACUCUCUCACUCUCAAACUUGAACUUGUUCGUCUCAAUAGUUUUCAUAAUAUUUUUUCGUCGUCUUUUCUGUAUCAUGAAAAGUCGAAAUUAGGUUAGUGCAUCAACUUUUUGUGCAAAAUUUACAGGAUACAGCAACUUGGUAUUGACUAUGAUUAAACCCAAACAGAACCCAAUUGAAUAAUUGCCCUCUUUUGUCUAGGCUUUCACAACACUGACUAUAAAUACUCAACAAUUUUCUCUUUUGGCAUCGCAUCUUCUAACUUUCCCUCUUUUGAUCUUUUGUUGUUAAGUUAUUAGAUUUUGAUCAAAGUUGGCAUCAACUGAAGCCUCUACAAAAUUUUUUGUUUGUUUCAGAAGAUUUACAAAUAAACUGAACGUAUUUUCAAGUUGCCGCGUUUCGGAUGCCAAAAGCUUGGUUUUUCUUUGUUUCGGAUGCCAAAAGCUUGGUUUUUCUUUCAUUCUUAAUCAGUUAAAGAAUGAGAAUGUCACUAUCUAUGUGCAAACAUACACCAUUUUUGUCGCACAUUCCUCAAAUAGGGAAAGUCCACUGUCACCAGCCACCGAAGGAGAAAGUGGUGGUGGUCAUGGGAGCCACGGGGACGGGAAAGUCUCGACUUUCCAUCGAUAUAGCCACCCGCUUUCCAUCUGAGAUAGUGAAUUCAGAUAAAAUGCAGGUAUACGAAGGAUUGGACAUAACAACGAACAAGAUCACUCGAGAAGAGUGUUGUGGGGUACCCCACCACCUCCUAGGAGUAGUAGAUCCUAACGUGGACUUCACUGCUAAAAAUUUUUGUACCAUGGCUUCCCUGGCUAUAAAGUCUGUAGUCAACAAUCGAAGGCUUCCAAUCAUCGUUGGAGGCUCGAAUUCAUUCAUUGAGGCACUGAUCGAUGAUAAGGACAAUAAAUUUCGUUCAAAGUACGAAUGUUGCUUCCUCUGGGUGGACGUAUCAAUGCAAGUGCUUGACUCGUUUUUGUCCAAUAGAGUUGAUCAAAUGGUGGAAAGGGGGAUGGUAAAUGAGGUAAGAAACAUGUUCAGAUUAAAUGCAGACUACUCGGGAGGACUUAGGAGAGCAAUUGGUGUCCCUGAAUUCGAUCGUUACUUCCGGGAUGAAUCAUCCUCGAAUGGCGAAACUCGUGCUAGAAUACUAGAAGAAGCAAUAAAUAUGGUAAAAUUCAACACGAGCAAAUUGGCAUGUCGCCAAGUGGAGAAAAUCUAUCGACUUAAAGACGUGAAGGGAUGGGAAGUGCACCGGAUUGAUGCCACCGAUGUGUUCAGAAAACAAGGCAAAGAAGCGAACGAGGCAUGGGAGAAUAUGGUGGCAGGGCCGAGCAUCGCAAUAGUAAGUAGAUUCCUAUACAAUUUUGGCCCUAUGGAGUAUAGGAAUUUGAGGGCAAUGAGAGCUCCGCUGAUGGAGACGGCAGUAGCAUCUGCAACUCACUAGACGGCUACUGCCUGUUCUGUCUAAGGUCGAUUGUACAAUACUGAUGCAGGAGGAUCCGAGUCGAGUGAUACUGAUUUGUCAGAUAGCACGAUGAUGGCGCUGAGAU